CCUGAGGGUGAGUAUAUUUCCAGCAAACUAUUCCUUUAACACCCAUCAUGCACUGCUUCUGCGUCCUCCAGACUGUCGUAGGUGCUUCACAAAGGUGUCACCCUUCUCCUGACAGCAUUCUCACCGGCCAAUGAGGAGCGAUCGUUCCCUGGCACACGCUUCAAACCCUCCACCUCCCUCAAAUAACCUGCCACCGACACGCUGACACAUGUUUCUGCUUUACUGGCGGGCGGUCACUGCGUAGCUGCUGUAAACUUCAAGGUUAACUUUGCUGAAGACUAGGAAACGCUCUGGCAGCUGCAUUGGAUUUAAGUGGUUUCUAAGCAGGUGCAGUAGACCUAGAGGUUGUGGACAUUCACACAAGUCAAAGCAGCAUGCAGGAGAACAGCAUGGAUCAGCCCACGUCUUUAUCGCAGCUUCUGCGUGAGAGUUACCUGGCCGAGGCCCGAGCUCAUCACAGACACGGCGAGUCCAGCUGCAUAGACAGCCCUCGCCGCCUGGUCUACGGGACGCUCAAGGAGAAAGCAGACGACUCCGGUGGGAUAGUGGAUCCACAGUUCCCUGACCUGUCUGCCUUCCUGAGCCAGGAGGAACUGGACAAGAGCGUCGAUCUGGCCUGCAAAGCGUUCAGCAGUGAUCCUCGAGAACGUGAGGAGAGAUCUGACGCACAUCCACCAGUGAGCCACUCUAAUGUUCCUUCCAACAAACCCACUCCAGAAACAGAGGUCAUUUCGGAAAGACACACAGUCCAGACUCCCAUCCAAGACACUGCGAUCAGGAACGUCAGAAGUGCUAGGGAACCUGCGGCGGAUUUCAAAAGACCUCAGAGAAACGCUCCAUACGGCUUGGAGACCCAAUCCAAGAAGGAGUUCCUCAACAAAGCAGCUGACUUCAUAGAAGAGCUUUCGUCUCUGUUUAAAGCCAACAGCUCGAAGCGAAUUCGGCCUCGUACUUGCAAAACCCACCGGAGCCGAUACCAGAAUAAGACCCAACUUGAUGGCACUUCAUACUCCAUUAAUACAGAAGAUCGAGAAAGGCCUAUUCUGCUCAAGCAACAGAUGGAGGAGCCAGUGGAGAACAGUGGAGUCACAGAGGAGCCGUAUGAGGCAGAGGAACCUCAGGAGCCGGAACCGGAGCCGGUGUGUGAGGAACCGGCUCUGAUUCCACCGGAGAGCUCAGAGGAACCCGUGUGCGAACCUCCACACUUUAUACAGAGACUCAAAAGCAGGGAGGUUCCUGAGGGCAGUAAAGUCCAGUUGGAUUGUAUCGUCAGAGGACUGCCUGCUCCUGAAGUUCGGUGGUUUUGUGAGGGUAAAGAGCUGGAAAACAGUCCCGAUAUUCAGAUCAUCGCUAAUGGUGAGCGACACUCUCUGAUCAUAGCAGAGGCGUUUGAAGAAGACACGGGCAGAUACUCGUGCUUUGCCUCCAACUUUUAUGGCACAGACUCCACCUCAGCAGAAAUCUACAUUGAGGGAGCAUCUUCGUCAGAUUCUGAUGUAGAACAACAUUUUCAAAUCUCCUCGAGCCAAGCCUGCUGUGGUCUCGGAGCAUCUUCGUCAGAUUCUGAUGUAGAACAACAUUUUCAAGCACAAUCUCCUCGAGCCAAGCCUGCUGUGGUCUCGGUAGAGCCCAGUACAUCUGCUGAAGAAACCGCACCAACUAUAACAAACACCUGCGCUGAACCACCAGCACCUUCUGACGCAGAAGAAGUGCCACUGACUGAGCCAACCUCUAAGCAGGAAGAUACAGAAUUUCUGAUUUCCGAAGUUGUCAGCUCUGAAAUACCUGUACUAGAACCAACCGUAGCUUUACUAGAACCUCCAACGCCAAUAUCUGAGGUGGAGCCCACUCCACCUAUUCCUUCACUGACCAUUGCACCACCAUCACCUCCAUCCAGCCAAAGUGUCUCUGAUAUACUGUUAACAUCUCAUCAGAGCAAUCCUGAGAAUCUAAAUGGCAGCAGUAGUUAUCUUCAAAGCUUCGAUGUAAGGCCCAUAAUGGCAGCUCCUGUUUUUACAAAGAACCUCCAGGAUGUCCUGGCUGUAGAGAGUCAGUUGGUAGUUCUGGAGUGCAGAGUAAAAGGCAUUCCCUCCCCUAAAGUGGACUGGUACCGGGAAGGAACACUUAUUGAAGAUUCUCCAGACUUCAGGAUCCUCCAGAAGAAACCAAGAUCCAUGGCUGAAUCUGAGGAGAUAUGUACUUUGGUUAUUGCGGAGGUCUUUCCAGAGGAUUCUGGAACAUUUACCUGUACAGCCAGCAAUAAAUAUGGCACAAUUUCCAGUACUGCAGCAUUGAGAGUAAAAGGACACAAUAAUAGCAACACCAACCCUAAAACAACAGUGGAAUCCUCCCUCCAGAAGGUUCCAGCAACAGAACUGAUAACAACAACUUUAAAGUGUAAGCAAGAUGUUCCUCUGGUAAACAACAAGCUUCACUCAAGUAUGAUUUGCCUUGACCCUUUGAGCUCUGGAUUUAAGCAUCCAGACCCUCAGGACUGUGGAACGCCUCGCUCAGAUUCCCUAAAUCCUAGUACCCUUCGCCAUGACCUCACCACUAGCCUACCUAGUCUAAACCCUCUCAGCAUUGGAAAAUACAGCACAGAUACUUUCAGGACUAGUUUACCUCAGCUAGACCCUCUCAGCUUUAGUUCUUCUUCACUGAACUCCGACUCAAACCAUACGCCCCUCAGCUCUAACACAACACACUUUGAUUCAGGAGGAUCUGGUUUUAAGCCUUCCACAGAAGUAACCCAAAGUCCAUCAAACGGAUCAGCCUUUGGCAUCACUAUGACCUCCGAUGCCUGGGUUGAACCAUCACCAAAUGGUUCAAAAUCUACCCCCAGCCCUUCUGUUACUAGUCUCCCAUCAGUAAACUCCAGUAACCAUCAAGAGCAACCACCUGUUAAACCCCUACCAGAUCCCCCAACUUCUUGUCUCAAGACAAGACCUGAGGGUGUGUUAGGGAAUCACAAUGAAUCCCGCUCUAGUUCUCGAGUCGGUCUCCGCGUAACCUUUAAACUCCCGGAGGAUGAAGAAGAGGAAGAGAAAGGAAUGUCAUCCAAAGAACCACCACCAGUGUUGGCUAAACCAAAAUUAGACCCAGUGCAGCUACAGAUCCUCCACAGCCAGGUGGUUUUGGAACAGCAGCAAGAAAAUGUUUCCCCAAGCCAAGAUUCACCACAUUUAGACGGGACAAGUUCUGAGCCAACGCCUGUCAAGCCAACUCAACCUGCAAAUCCAGCGCCAUCACCACUCCAACCACCUCCUCUUGUAAUGAACUCUGCUCCAAUUCCACUGCCGAUCCUUGAAUCUGUCCCUCUACUUCCUACAACACCUGCUCCCAUUUUAAAAGCUGUACCUGUAUCCCAACUGAGCAUGCCUUUAACCAAUUCCAUGCCCUUGCCCCAACUUACUCCAUCAGCCACAACCUUACACAACCACCCUCCAAUACCUCAACCAAAUCUGGUUCCUACUACUUUAAGUACUUUUCCACCAGGUAUGAUUCCCUCUACCCUACUAACCCAAACAAAUAUGGCUUCCACUCUUCCUCAGCUUUAUAUGGGGCCAAUCUCAUCCAAUGUGGCUCCAGUCACCCCUAUGCCAAGUGUGAAACCAACAAUCCCAAUAACUCAGCCCGGAAUAGCUCCCAACAUCCCUAUCCCUCCAAAUGUGGGACCUUCUGCACCUUUUCAUCAACUUAUCAUGGCUCCAACAACCCAACCACCUAACCAUGUGGCCAACAUGCCACCCAUUACUCCUUCCACUCAUAUUUCACAAAUAAACAUGAAUCCAACCUUGCAAAUGAACUCUGUUCCCGUUAGUGACACGAGUGUUGCCAGAACACAGGCAUUGAUGAUACCUGAUGCAUUAGCAUUGUACAACACUGCACCAAAGAUAAACACCACCUCAAAUUUUCAUCCUAGCAUGGCUCCACAAGUCACAUAUUCUCAAGCUGUGUCUUAUCCAUCCCUGAGUAAACUCACCUCACCGCAUCUGGUGAGAAAUCAACCUGCACCCAUCCCGAGUCCAAUGUCUCCACCUCCGUUGCACGACACCCAGCCUCCACUUCCUGGGAUUAUUCCAAUCUCCACCCAGAGCUUCAGCUACACAAGGCCAAAGGAGUUCAUCGCUGCCCAGAUGCUCUCUCCUAUCAGGAGUCCUUCCCCAACCGAGUCUCCUGUUCCAAUGCUCCACCAGUUAGCUGCACAGAUAUUCCCGAAGUCGACACGGGAGCUCAUGUCGCCCGUCAACCAGUUAUCUCCGUCCCCAAGAAAGUUCCCAACAAGAGUUCUGGAGUGUCCAAGCAGCCCACCAUAUGUGUCCUCACCACCUCUAGUGCCUCCUGGGCUGGUGAAUUCAAUGUUUUCUUUUAGACCUCAGUCACCCCCACAAGCUUCUUCACCAACGUCUAGCAGCUCCACCCCUAGCCCCAUCCAAAAUCCAGUGGCCUUCCUUAGUUCAGUCCUUCCUUCACUUCCAACAUCUCCUCUGACCAAUGCCAUGGGGUUGCCUAAGAGUGCCCCACCUGGGCCUCAAGGUGCACUGAAGAAGAAUCAAAGAGGUUCCAGACUCAUGUCUGAUGACGACAUCCGCGAGAGCAAGGAAACGCUUUUACAAGAUAUUGAGAAGAAGUUGCGAUUUAAAGAUGAACAGCUUCAUUUUGGGCAGCAGAAGCCGAAUUAUGGGGGGGAAGUGAGCCGCCCGCUCGGACCAAACAUUCCCACCGCAACUGUCAUUAACUAUGACGAGGAAUACAAGGUGUCGAGCUUUGAGCAGAGGCUAAUGAGUGAGAUCGGGUUUCGUUUGGAAAGAACUCCAGUUGAAGAGUCGGACGAUGAAGUUCAGCACAAUGAAAUUCCCUCUGGAAAAUGCAUCGCACCCAUCUUCAACAAGAAACUGAAGCACUUCAGAGCUGUGGAAGGGAUUCCGGUCACAUUUACCUGUAAAGUUGUUGGAAUUCCAAUUCCUAAAGUUUACUGGUUUAAGGAUGGAAAGCAGAUUUUGAAGAAAAACGAGCACUAUAAGAAGAUCAGAGAGGGUGAUGGGACGUGUUCAUUACACAUAGAAGCCGUCACAAGUGACGAUGACGGCAAUUAUACAGUCAUGGCAGCGAAUCCACAGGGUAGAAUAAGCUGCUCUGGCCAUUUGAUUGUCCAAACGGGUCCCGUGCGAAACCGGACCAUGGUUCACUCGCAGAGUGGGUUACCUCAUCCUGAAAUCAUGUGGCUUCUGAACGGGAGGCCCAUAUAUCCAGACCUCACUCACCGAAUGCUUGUGAGAGAAAACGGCAUCCAUUCUCUAGUUAUGGACCCUCUGACUCAAGCUGAUGACGGGACGUACACCUGCAUCGCCUCAAAUAAAGCGGGACAGAAGCUCUGUAGGUUAGACUGCAAGGUACUGGAGAUAUUCCAGCAAGAUAAAGAGCUGAAGCAGGCGCCGCAUUUUGUGGAAAAGCUGCAGAACACGGGCAUCGCCGAGGGCUCCCCGGUGCGUCUGGAGUGCAGGGUUGUGGGGAUGCCACAGCCGCUCAUCUUCUGGAAGAAAGACAAUGACACAAUCCCUCACUCGAAGGACAGAGUCAGCAUGCAUCAGGACACUACAGGUUAUGUUUGUCUUCUGAUUCAACCGACCAGAAAGGAAGAUGCUGGCUGGUACACUGUCUCUGCAAAAAAUGAAGCAGGGAUCGUAUCAUGUACAGCCAGACUAGACAUAUAUGCUCAGUGGUAUCAGCACGUUCAUGCACCGAUGAAGAAAACGCAGCUCAGUGGGAGUCGAUACGCUGCUCUCACCAGCCAGGGUCUGGAUAUCAAGUCAGCCUUUCCCAUGAGCGACAUAUUCUCUGCCUCCCAACCAGAGCGAAGGGCAGAAAGCGAGGAGCUGUAGAUGCUCGCAGCAGAUAUUUUAAAGUAGAUGGAGUAACGAUCUAAAAGCAAACGAGGAUCUGAUGUCUCUGCACUCAUUUGUUGUCGAAGUCAAAAUCUGCUCGUCCUCAGGUCAUCGAUGAGUUUGUCUCUUCAUCAGAUUUGGAGAAAUGUAGCAUUGCAUCACUUGCUCUGAA